GCGUUUUUUUUGGCCGGCGCGUUUCUAGUUGCAAUGAAUUUGUCCGAGCUACAUUCACAACUGGAGGCAUGGUUUUAUACCAUUAACUUUUGGCUUUGCUUUGCACUGCUUCCAGUGGGUUUGACUCCGAAUACAGGCCACGAUGGCUUCGCUAUGGGCUGGCCGUGCAGGGAAGGAGAGUGGCGCCAACUUUCAAUUCAUCCACCGGGUCCACGCCACUGACAGGAAGGAUCGACAGUGCUUGCAACUAUUUGAGCUCCAUGCUGAUGCUGCUGGAGCAGCAAGUGGAAGCAGAUACGAGGUGGUGCAAAAAGGAAACUCUUCAGCGACUCGACACACCCAGCCCUAUGCGAACCAUAGUGCAGAGUGGCUAGAAAGUACAGCUCACCUAGCUGAAACUCGCAAGACGUAACCGCGUCUUUGGAUUUGGGACACCAGUUUCCAAAACUGGGUGCUGAAGGAUCCCACAGUAUCACCUCAGUGAUUCGACUCACUUGAGUGCCUUCUGACUAAAGUGUUGACGGGUCAAGGGCACAAAAGAAGAGAAGAAGCAAUACUUCUUUCAGCUGGUUUCUUUGAACAGGCUGAGGUUUCGCUCUUCUGCAGGUGGAAGGAUGCUUUCUAGAUUGAGGGAGCAUUGCAUUCUUGCAUACGAGGUUAAGCUUUGCAUCCUGUUUGAACUCAUUGCGUUUUGGCAGGGCGAAAACACAUGAGGCCAUUCGGAAAGGCUUCAUUCACGCUUGUGGCAUCUCUUGACGGCGAGAUUGGUAUCGGCAAUACGAAGCUCAGACUCCAGAUACAGGGAUCUCGUGGACCCGUCCCGGCCAAACAUGCAGCCAACUGGUGCCACGAGGCACUGCCUCCUGAGGCGCCUCGCUUUGGGCAUGGUUGCCUUUGUUCUGCUUUGCCGAUGGUCAUGUGAUGGCAAUGAGACCUUUGUUCCUGCCAGAGGCAUUGACGGAGACAUGUCUCGGAGGGGGCUGCUAGCUGUAGCAGGACCAGCUUUGCUGGGUGGCCCCGGAACAGCAUCUGCGAUGACCCAGGGCAUCACAGACGUCGUUGAGUACAUGAACAGGCGCAAAAGAGAGCUCGUUCCCUACAUGAAGCAGGGCAUCGACUACUUGGAGACGCACGAAAUUGAUGAAAGGAUGAUGCUGUUCUUGCCGAAGAUGUGCCGAAAGAUGGAAGCCUAUGCUGGAUUGCAGUCGCGGGGAGCGGCUCCCGACAAGAACACUUACAGGCUGAAUGCCUCUGUCAAGGCUUUUGAGAAGGCGAUCAAAGCUGGAGACAAGAAAGCGGCACUGGAGGCCUUCCAGAAAUAUCAGGAUGACAUUCCUGAAGGCAUCGCGCGCUUCGACAUCCACAAUCCUGUCACAUAUGAAGGGCCUAAGGACGUGAACCUGCCAGCAGCUACCUAGUUUCACAACUUUUUCUUUUGUUGGCACGUUUUGUUUUAUUUUAAUGAACUGCCCUUAAGUCAGUCUAUCUGCAUUGAAUCGCCUUAAACAACAAGAACUUGUGCCAGAUUUAUAUUUUCAGAUGUCGCAUGGCCUUUACCAUGCAGUGUCUCUGUUUGAAGCGGCCUUGGAAACACAUGGUUGCCCGACCUUAGUUUUAAGUUGUCAAGCUGUCAUCUAGGGUUUUCAAGGCCUACAAGCUUCAGAUUUUCU